AUGAGUUGGCACUCAAGGGUCUGGCCUUCAAUGCAACGAGUUGGUUCGGCUUCUGUGGAGGUGGAGGUCGAGGCUAUAGAGGACGCCACCAAGAUGACCGUUCAACGCAAAACAGUCGACAGAGAGUCAAUAAAAUAGAGAAGGAGAGAAGAGGCUGUUCUCUGCCCUUACACCCGCAGUGGCCCGAAAGCCAGCCGCUUAACAGCUUCCUGUCUGCGCAAUCAGCCCAUACUGCGGUUGCACAGGCUUGACAUCCGCGAUAUGUGGUUACCUGAGUCUUCGAGGACACUGAGCCUAAGGAGAGGGAGACGGCAGGCUGAAGCAAUGAGAUCCCAACGACAGAAAAAAAGAGGCAGAAAGAAAAUACUGAAAAUUGGAAGUGAUGUCACAAAUAAGAAGACCGAAGCAAAGGGCGUCAAUGGAGAGCCAUCACUUGAUUGGGCAAAAACGAUGUGA